AUGUCAACCCCUGUCAUCAUCCUCUACGAUCCUUCAGGUCAGCGCGUGCCGCUUGCAGCUACAUUCCUCAGACCUAGGGCCGCUUCCCUCCCCACAGGACUCACCACAAUGGAUAGCAUCACCACACCCGCUAAAGCCGCAGGAAACAAAAUCGCAGAACUUGUCGCCAGCAUAUCUUCCCUUCAGGUCUCCACCUUGGUGAACGGCUGCAUAGAGACAACAGGGAGAUGUUCUAACAUAGCUCUCGAGGGGUUUACCGAGGGCGAUGGUCGACAGCUCAUCGAUCGCGCGCAGGUCAAAAUACUUCGGGAACUCCUCAAAGGCAAGAAGCUCGAUGAGGCGGUGAUUGACUCUAUUUUCAAUGUUCCCAACUGCACAUCACAAGUCAGGCUCGUGCGUCGUCGACCCGAGGGAAGCACCAUAAACUCCGUGUCGACUGUCAUGGUCGCGAUACGAAACGGCGGUAAUGAGAGAGUAUCUCCAGAGGCGUUGAAGGAGACUUUCAAAGCCACGAAGAAGUUCAUCCAAGCGAAGGGUUUCAAAUUAAUAUCGGGCGUAGCGUUGGAGAUCCACGAUUCUGCGUGCUUGAAUAAAACGUUUUGGAAAGAGAAGGAGGGCUGGUUGGAUGAAUGUAGUGUAGCAGAGAUGGGAGAGGGUUCCACGGGGAAGUGA